CAAAACAAAACAAUAGUGGUUGUACAAUUUAAAUGAUUUUUAAAAAUGUCGAGUAUUUCCGCUGGAAAACAAGUCGCUAAUGGAGAUCCUACACUUUGGCAUCGAUGGUGUCGCCUGUGUGCCCACGAGCACCCGACAAACCGUACUUUGUACACCGAAGAAGAUCAACCAAACUCUCAAAACACGACUUUGUUGGCCAUGACUAUAGGAAAAUACUUCUGGGUGGAUAUCAAAAGAGAGGAUGCGCUGAGCAAUUAUCUGUGCUCCGAAUGCUUUACAUUGAUGGAUUGCCUCAUUAACUUUUCAGAUAGAGUUCGCAAAGUGCAGAUCGUUUUCAACAGAUUACAGUCCUUAAACCCGGAAAAUUUAGUGAAUUAUCCGGAAAUUCGAAAGGAUUGCGGUUUAGAAAACGAUGAAUGGAAACAUAUGAUAUCCAGAACAGUUGAAGCGCAUCUUAUGCAGAAAGAAGAGGGAUUCGUGGAUGAGGUUGGAGCAAUAGCUGAAAAUGAAAUAACCACUGAUGAGGUGGAAGAGCAAAUUUUAGUAAUACCCCAACUGGUGGAAAAAGAAGAACACUUUCAGUCAAAAGAAGCGAUUAUUAAUGAACUAGAUGUCGUUCAGGAAGAACUUGAAAUCAGUAGAACGAACGAAGAACAGGAAAUCUUGGAGGAGAGUGAAUACCUUGCGGAGGAAGAAGUUGAAACUGUGGAGGAAGAAAUAGACGAAGCAGAAGCGCUGGAGACCUCAGAAAGCUUAAUAGAAGUUGAUCACAUACCAGAGGAAGACUACAUCGAAGAGUCGCAAAUAAUAGAAGAAAGUCAAGUGGAAGACUUUCAUGUGGAAACCUAUGAACUUUUAUCUCAAGCUGAACAAAGUUUAAAAGAAAAAGAAACUGAGGAAUCCACUGAAUCCGAAACAGAUACUCAAGAUGAUUCUAUUCCGGAUAAUCUCGUUAAGGACGUGGAAGAUAUACCCGCGGAACCAGUCAUCUAUACUUGCCACAUUUGCAAUAAGCCGUAUAAGAAACCCAUGGCAUACAAACGACACAUGGUGGAGGUGCACGACACUGAGGCCAGGGAUUUACCGCGUUUGGAAUGCAACCAGUGUGGACAAUGUUUUCUUACCGCCACCCAGAUGGCCUCCCACUAUAAAUGCCAUUUACCCAGCACACCAAAGCCUGAUAACUCUUGUAUAUUCUGCAAAAAACUUUUCACCACCCCGGGAACUCUCAAGCGACAUAUCGAAGGGGUACACAAAAAGAUCAAGCCCUAUGUAUGUGAUCUCUGCGGCAAGAGCUUCAAUUACGUCACCGGCUUAAAAGAUCACAAACUGGUCCACACUGAAGAGUGCCCCUUCGAGUGUCCUGUGUGCAAACGUCGUUUUAAAAACUUGACGAGACUAAAGAUUCAUUCCGAUACGCACAGUGACAAAAUCUACGAGUGUACUAUAUGCGGCGUAAAACUUAAGACCCGGCGCACCUUCAAUAAGCACAAAUUGGUCCACUCAGAUGAACGGCAAUUUAAGUGUGAUGUCUGCGGAUCGGCAUUCAAGCGGAGCAAGACACUAAAGGCGCAUCUCAUCCUGCACACCGGCAUCAGGCCUUACAAAUGCAACUUCUGCGGAAGGGACUUUUCCAACGGCUCCAAUUGCCGAUCGCAUAAGCGCCAGGCGCAUCCUAAAGAGCUGGCUGAGGAGGAAUCGCGGGGAGUGUCUCGUUCCAUACUUUUACCCAUGCUGAAUGAACUGACCAAGGCUUCCAAACUUAUAAAAACACCCGCGAGGCCCAGCAAAACGAAAGGUAGUAGGCCAAAAGUGUCUACUAAAGAGCCAGAAAGUCACACUGAAUCUCCCACAAAGGAAACGGAUGGUGCUAUCCUCUACGAGCUGGUCGAGGAGCUUGAUUACUCCUAAGUAUUUAAAUAAACUUUAUUUAGAAACUA